CGCACUGCUGCUGCUGCUCGCUCUCGCUUUGCUUCCCCUAAUCUUCUCCCGGGCCAGGGGGGAAGAGGGGCGGAAUUCGGGCACGAGCUUUGGAGUUGGAGAUCACUUCGGCGACGGCGUGGUCCCCGCCGGCAUGCAGUUCCCGUUCUCCGGCGCUGGCCCGGGCGUCUUCACGUCAUCGCCGGCGCUCUCCCUCGCGCUGGCGGACGCGGUGGCAGGCCGGAACAGCGGCGGCGGUGGGAAGAUGGUUACCGCGGCCCAUGGCGGCGUCGGCGGAGGAGGAGGAGGAGGACGCGCGAAGGCGAGGGACGCGUUGGAGGUGGAGAACGAGAUGAGCCGGUCCGGGAGCGACCACCUCGACGUCGUCUCUUGCGGCGACGCGGGCGGCGGCGGCGGCGACGACGACGAUGACGAGGACGCCGAGCACGGCAACCCGCCCAAGCGCAAGAAGCGGUACCACCGCCACACGCCGCAGCAGAUCCAAGAGCUGGAAGCGAUGUUCAAGGAAUGCCCCCACCCAGACGAGAAGCAGCGCGCCGAGCUGAGCAAGCGGCUCGGCCUCGAACCCCGGCAGGUCAAGUUCUGGUUCCAGAAUCGGCGAACGCAGAUGAAGAUGCAACUGGAGCGACACGAGAACUCGCUGCUGAAGCAGGAGAACGAUAAGCUGCGGUCCGAGAACCUGUCAAUCCGGGAGGCCACGAGCAACGCGGUGUGCGUUGGCUGCGGCGGCCCGGCGAUGCUCGGGGAGGUGUCCCUGGAGGAGCACCACCUUCGCGUCGAGAACGCGAGGCUCAAGGACGAGCUCAGCCGAGUGUGCGCGCUCGCCGCCAAGUUCCUUGGCAAGUCCAUCUCUGUCAUGGCGCCACCGCAGAUGCAUCAGCCUCAUCCUGUGCCAGGCUCGUCGCUGGAGCUUGCGGUUGGGGGUAUCGGUUCGAUGCCAUCAGCCACGAUGCCCAUCUCGACGAUCACUGAUUUUGCUGGCGCCAUGUCCAGUUCAAUGGGCACGGUGAUCACGCCCAUGAAGUCUGAGGCUGAACCAUCGGCAAUGGCUGGCAUUGACAAGUCCUUGUUCUUGGAGCUAGCAAUGAGUGCAAUGGAUGAGCUAGUCAAGAUGGCUCAGAUGGGGGAUCCGCUAUGGAUUCCAGGUGCCUCCGUACCUUCCUCGCCGGCAAAGGAGAGUCUAAACUUCGAGGAGUACCUAAACACCUUCCCACCUUGCAUCGGGGUGAAGCCUGAAGGGUAUGUAUCAGAGGCAUCUAGAGAAUCUGGCAUUGUCAUCAUUGACGAUGGCGCCGCGCUUGUGGAGACCCUCAUGGAUGAGCGACGGUGGUCCGAUAUGUUCUCAUGCAUGAUUGCCAAGGCAUCAACCACUGAGGAGAUUUCUACUGGUGUUGCUGGGAGUAGAAAUGGUGCAUUGCUUCUUAUGCAGGCAGAGCUACAGGUGCUUUCUCCUCUUGUGCCUAUUAGAGAGGUGAAGUUUCUCAGGUUCUCCAAACAGCUGGCUGAUGGUGUAUGGGCUGUAGUGGACGUUUCGGCUGAUGAAUUGAUGAGGGAUCAGGGCAUUACUUCUGCAUCCUCGACUGCAAACAUGAACUGCCGAAGGCUGCCUUCUGGUUGUGUGCUGCAGGACACUCCAAAUGGGUUUGUUAAGGUCACAUGGGUUGAACAUACAGAAUAUGAUGAGGCAUCUGUGCACCCGCUCUACCGGCCUCUUCUCCGGUCUGGUCUUGCCCUUGGUGCAGGGCGAUGGAUCGCGACAUUACAGCGGCAGUGCGAAUGCUUGGCCCUUCUCAUGUCUUCUAUUGCAUUGCCAGAGAACGACUCAUCAGCUAUCCAUCCUGAAGGUAAACGGAGCAUGUUGAAGUUGGCAAGGAGGAUGACGGACAACUUCUGUGCAGGGGUGAGCACAUCAUCUACCCGUGAAUGGAGCAAACUGGUUGGAUUGACAGGCAACAUUGGGGAGGAUGUGCAUGUAAUGGCGCGGAAGAGUGUGGAUGAACCUGGAACGCCGCCAGGUGUGGUGCUUAGUGCUGCUACAUCUGUGUGGAUGCCUGUGAUGCCUGAACGGCUCUUCAACUUCUUGCACAACAAGGGGCUGCGUGCUGAAUGGGAUAUCCUCAGCAAUGGUGGCCCUAUGCAGGAGGUGACAAGCAUUGCCAAGGGGCAACAGAAUGGCAAUACCGUAUGUCUACUGAAGGCUAGUCCCACCAAAGACAAGCAGAACAGCAUGCUGAUCCUACAGGAGACGUGUGCAGACGCAUCCGGUUCAAUGGUUGUGUAUGCUCCUGUAGACAUCCCAGCAAUGCACCUUGUCAUGAGUGGUGGGGAUUCGUCAUGCGUCGCCCUUCUUCCAUCAGGUUUUGCCAUCCUGCCUGCUGGGCCUAGCAUCGGCGCAGAUCACAAGAUGGGCGGUUCAUUGCUCACCGUUGCAUUCCAGAUACUUGCCAACAGCCAGCCCAGUGCUAAGCUCACGGUGGAGUCAGUCGAGACCGUGAGCAACCUUAUCUCCUGCACCAUCAAGAAGAUCAAGACGGCGCUGCAUUGCGACGUGUGAACCCAACAAGGGGGGACUUUUGGCCUAGUGGGAGCGGCUGUGGCGAUGAGCCUGAGUCAAGAACGAACCGCGACAUAGGAAGGGACCUUUGCUAGGUGGCAAGGACCGGACGGGGCAGGUCCUUAGCACAGAGCAAUGGUGGUGGUUCGGGUAUUGACUCAGCCUCUCCCGCCUCCGUUCUCUCCUGUGACUGGUGCAUGUUGAAGUGAACCUGCAUUUUGGACGCCAUGUAGCAGGCCAUCUUUCUUUCUUUUUCCUUUUUCUUUUUCUUUUUCUUUUUUUAGGGAGAAGGGAGUCAUCUGUGUUUUUUGUUGGCUGGCUCAGGGUGUUGGUGUUUCUGGUUUCUAGCUUUUGUUACAGGGAGAUGUGAUACAUUUUGUAGAAGCUCCGAAUUGUCGUGCUGGUAUGUGAGGUUCUGAUCAUAGGUCUGUGUUUGAUAGUCUCGAGCUAUCAACGCCUGGCAAAUGCAAACCUUGUUAUGCUAAAAUAUGUUUUAGAUCAAUCUGAUUCUGAAAGCUGUUUACA